AUGGUGCCAAAUAUCAUACAGAGUUUUUACUUUGUUUUUUUCUUUCUUUCUUUCGUUCUUUCUUUCGUUCUUUACCGUUACAUUCCUUCACUUUCUUCCUCUUUUGCUUUCUCUUUUCCGUUUCACCCCCCUUUCUUUCUUUCUUUCUUUCUUUCUUUCUUUCUUUCUUUCUUUCUUUCUUUCUUUCUUUCCGUUACCUUUCUUUUUUCCUUUCCAUCUUUGUUUCUUUUCUUUUUUCUUCUUUUUAAUUCUUUCUUUAUUGCACGUUUUCUUUGUUUUUUUACAUCACAUUCUUUUCCAUUUUGUUCCUUGCUCUUUCUUUCAUUUCUUCUUCAUUUCUUGUUUUCUUUUGUUCUUUCUUUCGUUCUUUCAUUCUUUUCCUCUUUCGUAUUUUAUUUCUCCUUCUUUUCUUUCUUUCUUUCUUUCUUUCUUUCUUUCUACCUUACUUCUUUUUCUUUACUUUUUGUCUUUUUUUUCUUUCUUCUUAUUUCUUCGUCUUUUUCACAAAAUCAUUCUCUUCUCUUCUUUUUGCUGUUUUUUUUUUACAUUUUCUUUUUUAUAAAUCUUUCUCUUGCAAUUCCUGUCCGUCUAUCUUUCUUCCUCUGCCCCCCUCUCUCUCUCUCUCUCUCUUUGCCUAUCUGUCUAUCUAUUUAUUUCAAUCGUUUCAUUUGUAUCUCUCUAUCAAUCUCACUUCGUAUAUCUAUCUAUCUAUCUAUCUAUCUAUCUAUCUAUCUAUCUAUCUAA